AUGCCAGUUAAGGCCCUCAAAGCAACAACCGUGGCCAUCAACGGUGUCAAAAGUUUCAUUCUCCCGUGUCAAAAAAUCAAGAUCGAUUACUGUAAUUGGGGAGGCAGCUCGCUUGGGAUUAAACAAUAUAUUCAAUCGAAGAAGUUCCAGAAGUUUGCUCAAGACAACCAGAAUAUCCAGAUCAACCUCCAUCACAGACCAGGCCACCACCCAGUGAUCACCGGGUACUACGCCAACGGGAGAACCAAGCCAAUAUGUGUGAAAAACCUUGACUUGGAGACCAUCGACAAGAAAAUGGAUAUUGUUCGCUCGUCGAGUGGGGAGAUCUUAGGGAAAUACAAGCAUGCCGUCCAGAGUGUCAACGAAAGUGCCAGGGGUAUUUGGUCACCAUUGCACGUCGACCCUAGCCAGAGACACAAGAUUUAA